GCGCGCCGUCUCCAGCCCUGAACCGGUUUAGUACCCGGUUAAUGGGAGCCACCGCGACCCCGCCGCCACCGCCGAAAGUCCGCAGCAAUGAAAACCUGGACAAAAUUGAUAUGUCUUUGGAUGAUAUCAUCAAAUUGAAUCGAAAGGAAGGAAAGAAGCAGAAUUUCCCGAGACUGAAUAGAAGACUCCAGCAAAGCGGUGCCCGGCAAUUCAGGAUGAGAGUGAGAUGGGGAAUUCAACAGAAUUCUGGUUUGGGUAAGAAUAGUCUGAGCCGUAGAGGAAGAGUGGUGCCUGGAAAGAGACGUCCUUAUGGAGUUAUCACUGGCCUUGCAGCCAGGAAAGCAACUGGAAUUCGAAAAGGAAUUAGUCCUAUGAAUCGACCUCCUCUAAGCGACAAGAAUAUAGAACGAUAUUUUCCAGCGUUAAAAAGGAAGGCAAACCUUCUGAGACAAAAUGAAGUGCAGAGAAAACCAGUUGCAGCUCUCAAGAGACCUAACCAGUUAAAUAGAAAAAAUAACAUUCCAGCCAACUUUCCCAGGAGUGGAAAUAAAUUAAGUCAUCAGAAAGAUACUCGUCAGGCAACUUUUCUUUUCAGAAGAGGCCUGAAGGUUCAGGCCCAGUUGAACUCAGAACAACUGCUAGACGAUGUAGUAGCAAAGAGAACUCGUCAAUGGCGGACUUCCACCACAAAUGGAGGAAUUUUGACUGUAUCCAUUGAUAAUCCAGGAGCAGUGCAGUGCCCAGUAACUCAGAAACCACGAUUAACUCGUACAGCUGUGCCCUCAUUCUUGACAAAAUGGGAGCAAUCUGAUGUAAAGAAAGUUCCUAAAGGUGUCCCCCUGCAAUUUGACAUAAAUAGUGUUGGAAAACAGACAGGGAUGACUUUGAAUGAGCGAUUUGGGAUCCUGAAGGAACAAAGAGCCACUCUCACUUUCAACAAAGGAGGAAGCCGCUUUGUAACUGUGGGAUAGAUCCCAUGUCAAAGGGACUUUUGAGUGAUGACUCUUUUAAAAGUUGAAUUGCUUGAAGAGUUCAUCACAGAAAUUCAAGAAACUUUAUUUCAAAAUAUUCACAAGGCUAAAUAACUCUUAUUUUUUAUUUUUGAAGUUUUUUCUUUUUUUUUAACAUGUAUAAGUAAUGUCCUAAAAGAAUAACAGGGAAUAUACCUAUGUGUUCUUAAAGAUUUCAUGGUUAGCCCAGACAGAACAAUUCUCUAUUUGACUUCUUUGGUUCCUCAUACAGCAGAAAGAGGGUGGAAAGAUAGAAAUUGAUUAUUUUUAUGAUAGUGGUAUUUAGGAUCUCAUCACCUUUGCCCUUUACACCUUGCCAUGGUAAAUCUUGGUCUUCAAGAUUUGAAGUAGGUCUCUUUGUUGCUGUCACUUAUCCUUUAAUAGUGUUUCUGUAAUAAGUGCAGUUAACUUCAUUAGGGAUAUAAAAAAUUAUUAGAAUUCCAGUUUGGGGGUUUAAGAUUUAUGGGAAUAUCUGGAAUUUGAUUCAUUUUUCAAAUAACGUUAGGUUAAUCUUCCAGAGUUGUAAAUCUUUAAUGCUGAACUUUUAACAAGAAAUGUGACUCUAGGCAUA